AUGGUUCUUGCCAGCUCCACCACCAGCGUCCUCUCCAUGCUGCUCCUGCUCCCGAUGCUGUUCCACUGGGGACUCCAGACUCCAGUCAGGACCUCACCUCUCUCAGGCACAGCCAGCACACUGAGUUGCUCCUCAAUUGCCAAGGAGAUUAUGAGGAAGCUCAACGCAUCCGAACUCACUGACGAUGAUGUCAGAGAUCAACUCAGGAAUGAGACCUUACAGAGAGCAAACCUGUGCGAAUUCCUGCAAAUGAGAAAGCAGUUGAAGAUAGAGGCUAUCAAGACCAAUCUUGAGUACCUUGAGCGUUGCCUGCCGGCAGCUGUGAAUGCCUCCAAGAUGACAGACAUCUUCCUUGAAAAGAAUUCGAAUGACUUCCAGAAGAAACUAAAGUACUAUGUGAGCCAACUUAAGAAUCUGCAGCUAACACCCACCCCUGGGUCACCUCAUCCAACAUCUGACUCUGCUUUUUGCCCCGAGUCCAAUUCUGGGCUGGGCACUGGGGUGCUCCAGGUCUGUACUGCUGAGGAAACUUACAAUGAGCAGAAGUUAUUGACUGGGUCAGACACAGACCUGGCGCAGGAGGAUGUGCAGGUGUGA